AUGCGAAUUCUCAUUCUCCUUUCCCUCACAACUCUCCUCUUCUUUUCUUCCCUCUCUCACGUCCUCUCCGACGAAGAACUCGACGAAGAUCUCACCUUCCUCGACGAACCCGACGAAACCGACCUCCACCACCACCACCAUCACCAUGACGCUGAAAACGAGUCCGAUCUCGAAGAAGACUUCUCCGGCUACGAGCAUCAGGAGUCUUAUCAACCUCCCGAAUUCGACGAAAAGGACGUCGUCGUUUUGAAGGAUAACAACUUCACUGACGUGGUUAACAAUAAUCGGUUCGUGUUGGUUGAAUUCUAUGCACCGUGGUGUGGUCAUUGUCAGGCGUUGGCUCCGGAGUAUGCUGCGGCUGCUACUGAGUUGAAGGGGGAGAAUGUUGUUUUGGCCAAGAUUGAUGCGACUGAAGAGAGUGAGGUUGCUCAGAAGUUUGAUGUUCAGGGUUUUCCUACUAUCUAUUUUUUCAUUGAUGGUGUUCACAAGACUUAUUCUGGACAGAGAACCAAAGAAGCUAUAGUUGCGUGGAUUAAGAAGAAAACAGGACCUGGUAUACAUAACAUUACUUCUGUGGAUGAUGCUCAAAGCAUACUGGCCGCUGAAACCAAACUUGUUUUGGGUUUCCUCAAUUCUUUAGUUGGUCCUGAGAGUGAGGAGUUAGCUGCGGCUUCACGACUUGAGGAUGAUGUCAAUUUUUAUCAGACUGUGGAUCCUGAAGUGGCAAAGCUAUUCCAUCUUGAUGUUAAUGUCAAACGCCCUGCUUUGAUCCUUAUCAAGAAAGAGGACGAAAAACUGAACCAUUUUGAUGGCCAAUUCGGCAAGUCUGCAAUAGCAGACUUUGUCUCCUUGAACAAGCUUCCUUUGGUAACAGUUUUUACAAGAGAAAAUGCUCCAGAAGUCUUUGAAAAUCCAAUCAAGAAACAGGUGUUGCUGUUUGUGACUUCAAAUGAUUCAGAGAAAUUCCUCCCAGUAUUUCAGGAAGCAGCGAAGUCUUUCAAGGGAAAGUUGAUUUUUGUGCUUGUGGAAACUGAUAACGAAGAUGCUGGGAAGCCUGUUUCAGAAUACUUUGGUAUUAGUGGGACUGCUCCAAAAGUGCUUGCAUACACUGGAAACGAUGAUGGGAAAAAAUUUGUGUUUGAUGGAGAGGUGACUGUUGACAAAAUUAAGGCAUUUGGGGAAGAUUUCCUUGAAGACAAACUUAAACCUUUUUUCAAGUCAGAUCCAAUUCCCGAAAGUAAUGAUGGUGACGUGAAAAUAGUUGUUGGAAAUAAUUUUGAUGAAAUUGUGUUGGAUGAAUCAAAGGAUGUUCUCCUUGAGAUAUAUGCUCCAUGGUGUGGUCAUUGCCAACAUUUGGAACCAAUAUACAACAAGCUUGCAAAACAUCUUCGUAGUGUUGACUCUCUUGUAAUAGCCAAGAUGGAUGGAACAACAAAUGAGCAUCCCAGGGCAAAGUCUGAUGGAUUCCCCACUCUUCUCUUCUUCCCAGCCGGAAACAAAAGUUUUGAUCCUAUUACUGUUGAGGAAGAUCGUACAGUGGUAGCCUUUUACAAGUUCCUCAAGCAACAUGCUUCAAUCCCGUUCAAGCUCCAGAAACCAACCUUAACUCCUAAACCAGAGGGCUCUGAUGCCAAGGAGAGUUCAGAGACCAAAGAGAACCAAAGUAGCAAUACUGAUGUGAAGGAUGAACUAUGA